AUGUCGUUUUUUGCUCUAAGCUUGAAAGCACUUCCUCUUCAUCAUCGUGUCUAUGAGACUGAAGAAGCAAAGGCAAUGGAGAUUGAUUCUUCUGAUAACUCUAAUUGGCUCAUCGAUUAUGGCAUAGUCGAAGCCAUUCCUAUCACCGGAACCUUCGACUGGCCUUCCCAAUCCGCCUUCACCGCUUCUUCUAAUGAAAGAGUCAAAGUGGAUUGCUCAUAUGGCGAUUCAGAUAUGCCCAAGGAAGUUGGCUCCCGAAAAAGGUUGAAGCCUGAACCAUGUAGUGUAUCCGGCUCCAAAGCAUGCCGGGAGAAGUUGCGUAGAGAUCGGUUGAAUGAAAGGUUUCUGGAAUUAUGUUCUAUCCUGGAGCCUGGCAGACCACCAAAGACUGACAAGGGUGCUAUUUUGAUUGAUGCUGUCCGAAUGGUGACCCAGUUAAGAAGUGAAGCCCAGAAGCUGAGGGAAUCCAACGAGGAAUUGCAAGUAAAGAUUAAGGAAUUGAAGGCUGAGAAGAAUGAGCUCCGUGAUGAGAAGCAGAGGCUAAAGGCUGAUAAAGAGAAGUUGGAACAGCAAGUCGAAGCCAUGAGUCCACCAACCAUCUUUUUGCCUCAUCACUCUACAAUGUCAGCUGCAUUGGCUGCUCAAAGCCAAGCUGCACUGGCUGCUCAAAGCCAAGCUGCUGGUAACAAGCUGAUGCCUUUCAUGGGUUACCCUGGUGUUUCCAUGUGGCAAUUCAUGCCACCUGCUGCAGUUGACACAUCAAAUGAUCAUGUACUUCGUCCUCCAGUUGCUUAACAUCCAUGGUUGGUUAAUAUGCUCGUGCUAUAAUGUUUUUUAUUUGUUUUUUUUUUUUUCUCAAGUAUGUAUUUGUUUGUGAGAAAUUGGAGAGACUUGCUUAGUUGGACAUUUUAUGUUUAGAAACUGGCAACUCAUAUGUCUAUUUGCGUUUCCAAUGUAAAAUAUAAUAAGUGUGUGCUUAAAGUUAAGAUGUUGAAUCAAGAUGCACAAGGAAAAUCUUUUGUUUGUCA